UGGAUGUUGAAAUCGUGUUUCGUGUGUGGCUGGAGUAUUUUGUUAAAAUAUCUACAAUUACCUGUUAAAUAGUGCAAUCUGUUCAAUUUUGUGUUCCUUUGUGCGAAAACUAUUUGCCGAGCGUGAAAUACCAUGGACGGAUUCGACGAUGUUGGUGUAUUUUUCUCCGACAACUUCGGCGACGAUGGGCAGCAGCAGCAGAACUCGAACCAGAUUAAUUUGCAGCAGCUGAAGAAGAAGUACCGGGAGUUCAUCCGGACCUUCUGCGAGGCCAAUUUCAGUUAUAAGUAUCGAGACACCUUGAAGCGGAACUAUCUGCUGGGACGCUUCUAUCUGGAGGUUGAAAUCGAAGACCUCGCAGGCUUCGAUGAAACGCUGGCGGAUAAGCUGUACAAACAACCGACGGAACACCUGCAGAUUUUUGAAGAAGCGGCUCGUGAAGUUGCGGAUGAGAUUACCUCCCCAAGACCGGAAGACGAGGAGCACGUACAUGACAUUCAAAUUCUGCUUACUUCCGGUUCAAAUCCCACGAAUAUUCGUGACAUGAAAUCGGAAUGUGUUUCGCGGUUGGUGAAGGUUGCCGGCAUCAUCAUUGCUGCGUCGGGUAUCAAAGCAAAGGCGACCAAGAUUUCCAUACAGUGCCGGUCGUGUAGCAAUGUGAUUCCAAAUCUGCCGGUCAAUCCGGGACUGGAGGGCUAUCAGCUACCGAGGAAGUGUAACACCGAACAGGCUGGGCGUCCAAAGUGCCCAAUGGAUCCGUAUUUUAUCAUGCCGGAUAAAUGUAAAUGCGUUGAUUUCCAGGUGCUGAAAAUGCAGGAGUUGCCGGAUUUCAUUCCGCAGGGUGAGAUUCCUCGGCACAUGCAACUGUUCUGCGAUCGGAGCCUGUGCGAACGGGUGGUCCCAGGAAAUCGAGUUCUCAUUCAUGGUAUAUUUUCGAUCCGCAAGAUUGGAAAACCGAGCAGACAGGAUGGACGUGAGAAGGCCAUCAUUGGAGUUCGUGCUCCCUACAUGAGGGUAGUCGGUAUUACCGUGGACAGCGAGGGUAUGGGUUCUAUCUCGCGAUUCACCAACAUUACCACCGAGGAGGAAUCGACGUUCCGUAAGAUGGCUGCCAAUCCGAACAUUUACGACAGUUUGUCGGAAAGUUUAGCCCCGAGCAUCUUCGGAUCGCAGGAUAUUAAAAAAGCCAUCGUUUGUUUGCUGUUUGGAGGAUCGCGAAAGCGCAUGCCCGACGGAUUGAACCGGAGAGGUGACAUAAAUACCCUAUUGCUGGGAGAUCCUGGUACUGCCAAGUCGCAGCUUCUGAAGUUUGUGGAAAAGGUAUCUCCGAUUGCGGUUUACACUUCUGGCAAGGGAUCCAGUGCCGCCGGUUUGACUGCGUCCGUUAUUCGGGAUCCUGCAACACGCAACUUCGUUAUGGAAGGUGGUGCCAUGGUUUUGGCAGAUGGAGGAGUUGUCUGUAUUGACGAGUUCGAUAAGAUGAAGGAAGAUGACCGUGUCGCCAUUCACGAAGCCAUGGAACAACAGACCAUUUCUAUCGCCAAGGCCGGAAUUACAACUACUCUGAACUCUCGCUGUUCCGUCCUGGCUGCUGCCAAUUCAAUCUUCGGUCGUUGGGACGAUACGAAGGGUGAGGAGAACAUUGAUUUUAUGCCAACGAUAUUGUCUCGUUUCGAUAUGAUCUUCAUCGUGAAGGACGUCCACGAUCAGGCCCGAGAUAUCAUCAUGGCCAAGCACGUCAUGAAUGUCCACAUGAAUGCCAACAAAGCUACCCUGGAAACGCAGGAAGGCGAAGUGCCUUUGGCUGUGUUCAAAAAGUACAUCAACUACUGCCGAACCCACUGCGGUCCUCGAUUGAAUGAAGAAGCAGCGGAAAAGCUGAAGUCCCGGUACGUGCUGAUGCGGAGUGGCGCUGGCGAGCAUGAACGUCUGGCAGACAAGCGCCUAUCCAUCCCAAUCACCGUCCGCCAGCUGGAAGCCAUCAUCCGUAUUUCGGAGUCCCUUGCCAAAAUGCAACUGCAACCGUUCGCAACGGAAGCUCACGUAACGGAAGCGCUCCGUCUGUUCCAGGUGUCCACACUGGAUGCGGCCAUGUCUGGGUCGUUGGCCGGUGCGGAGGGAUUCACCACGGAAGAAGACACGGAAAUGUUGAACCGAAUUGAGAAGCAGCUGAAGCGACGUUUUGCCAUCGGAUCGCAGGUCUCCGAGCAGAACAUCAUUCAGGACUUUUCCAGGCAAAAGUAUCCGGAACGGGCAGUCCUGAAGGUCAUUCACACCAUGAUUCGGCGGGGAGAGUUGCAGCACCGAAUGCAGAGGAAGAUGCUCUAUCGGUUGUCCUAACGUGCGGAUAUUCUACACGUGUACCUUUCUGUUUAUCUGUCAUCGUUUGUAUUUUUUUAAAUUCCACAU